AUGCCUCGUAUUCCAUUAGUCAGUAAUAAAACAUAUUCGACGCCUCGACGUCCGUAUGAAAAGGAACGUUUAGAUCAAGAGUUAGAAUUAAUUGGCAAAUUUGGUUUACGUAAUAAACGUGAAGUAUGGAGAGUUCGUUAUACAUUGGCUAAAAUACGUAAAGCAGCUCGUGAAUUACUUACACUUGAUGAAAAAGAUCCAAAACGACUUUUUGAAGGCAAUGCACUUUUACGUCGUUUAGUUCGUAUUGGUGUAUUGGAUGAAACAAAAAUGAAAUUGGAUUACGUAUUAGGUUUAAAAGUUGAAGAUUUUUUAGAACGUCGUCUGCAAACACAACUAUUACGUUUAGCUUUAGCAAAAAGUAUUCAUCAUGCGCGCGUUUUGAUUCGUCAGCGUCAUAUACGUGUUCGUAAGCAAGUUGUUAAUAUACCAUCGUUCAUUGUACGUCUGGAUUCACAAAAGCAUAUCGAUUUUGCUUUGCGAUCUCCAUUAUCCAGUGGUGGACGUCCUGGUCGUGUAAAACGUAAAAAUAUGAAAAAAGGCGAAAAAAGUGGCAAAGCAGACGAUGCGGACGACGAAGAAGAUUAA